UAUACUACCACUAUGCCUAUCUAUCUGAGCAUGCAAAGAGUCCGCUUCUCCAGCCCAGACGCUUACGAGAAGUUCAAGGUUCUCUUUGCCGACACACGACGCCAUCUUAUGACACUCCCAGGAUUUCUACACCUAACCUGGUGGGAACAUCCCGACGACAGAAGCUGGUAUAACGAAUGCAGUUUCUGGACCAGCCGUGGCGCUCUGUACGACUAGCACAAGAA